ACUUGGGAGAUUAUUUUUAUUUUUACUUUUACAAAAGCUUUGUUUUUAUAAAGAUUUUUUAGAUAAAAAAGAAAGAAUUUUUUUUAUUUUUAUGGGGGUAGGGGAAAGAUAUACUAUAGGUCCCAACUAAGGAAAAGACAAAAUGGGCAACAUCAGAUUUGAUGGUGGUUUUUUAUAUUAAUUCUUUCAAUAAUUCUAUGGUUAUUUAAUUAUUCACCAAUCAAUUAGAUAGUUUUUUAUAUAACGGGUGUGUUAUAUACAACACUCAACAGCCUAGGAUAUAUAUGUUCUUCUCACCCAUACUUAUUAGAUUUGAUCAACCCAAAUUUCAUUUCAUUGUUUACAUCUAAUCAAUUAACCUUGAUUAGUAUUGAUCAAACCUAAGUAACCCUAAACUUUUUUUUUUUUGCUAAUUUUUUUCUUUUCAAAGUGAAGAGAACGCUACUUAGUCAGAUCACCCAUUUACAAAGUCGACUUUUAUGUUAUUUGAAAUGACUUAGUUGUACUAUUGUACAUAUAUAAUAUCUCCGCCCCUUUGAACAUACACUAAAUGGCUAUAAGCCUAUAAUCUAUUGUUUCAUUGUCUAAUUUACUGGAAAAUAAUAUUUUUAACGAUAUUAAGAGUUUUUUCUCGUGAGGAGGAUCUGGUAAUGUCCUCUUUUCUUAUCCAUGUUAAAAAAAAUUAGAAAAAAAAAAAAAAAAAAAAAAAAAAGUAUGUUUGCCAUUUUCCUUUGGAAUUUGGGCAGUGGUUUUUAGUGAGAGCACAAGGACUCUCUCUCUCUCUUUUAGUACUCUCUAACUUUGUCUCUCUAGAAUAAUAUGGGUCGGGUUAAAUUUCUUGGUUAGGAUAUUUCUUGAUUUUAGAAAACCAUAUUCAUAUUUAUCAAAAAACAAAUUAUGUUAUAUACUCACACUAAGCUACCACCUACAGAAUUCAUUUUAGCCUUAUUCAGCACCCUCUCUCUUUCUCUCUCUAAACACAGACACAAUAACUUUCUCCCUCUAAAAAACUCCACUACUUACAUAACUUUCUCUCUCUAAAAAAAAUGAAAGUUGUCUGUUUGGUUGCAGCCAAAGGAAGAAGAAGCCAUCUACUAAGAGGCUGCUACACCUCCUAGCUUCUUCUGUUAGUGCUUCAUACCAUUUUCUUUCAUAUAUUAAACUUUAUUCAAAUAUUUCAUCUUAGCUUAGUCUUUCUUUCUUUCAUAAAUUUUCCAGAUUUGGGUUUUCUUUUGUCUUUUUAGAUCAUUACACAUAUUUUUAGAUCCUUCAAAAAAAAUUUAUUUUUUGUAAACAUGACAAAACAAAGAUCCAAAGUUGCUAAUUAUUAUUUAUAGUUUUCCAAAAAUCCACCCAAAAAAAAAAAAAAAAAAAAAAAAAAAGAAGAAUGAUAAAACAUCAGCUACAACAACAAGAACAAAUUUUUUUGGAAGAAAACAUGUCAAAUUUGACUUCUGCUGCUUCUGGUGAUGCUAGUGUUUCUUCUGGUAAUAAUAACAAUAAUAGAGGUGAACCUAGCAACUCUUUCUACUUUCCACAUCAUCACUCUGAUGAACAACAGCCUUCUCAACAACCUCCGGCUAAGCGGAAGCGAAACCUACCCGGUAACCCAGACCCAGAUGCAGAAGUAAUAGCUUUAUCACCAAAAUCACUUUUAGCAACAAACAGGUUUGUAUGUGAGAUCUGUAACAAAGGGUUUCAAAGAGAUCAGAAUUUACAGCUUCAUAGAAGAGGGCAUAAUUUACCAUGGAAGUUGAAGCAGAGGACAAACAAAGAAGUUCGGAAGAAAGUUUAUGUUUGUCCUGAAACAAGCUGUGUGCACCAUGAUCCUUCAAGGGCUUUGGGUGAUUUAACUGGGAUUAAGAAACAUUUUUGUAGAAAACAUGGUGAAAAAAAAUGGAAAUGUGAUAAAUGUUCUAAAAGAUAUGCUGUUCAAUCUGAUUGGAAAGCUCAUUCUAAGGUUUGUGGUACUAGGGAAUACAGAUGUGAUUGUGGCACCCUUUUCUCCAGGAGAGAUAGUUUCAUAACACACAGAGCAUUUUGUGAUGCAUUAGCAGAGGAAACAGCUAGAUCAAUCACUACAAACUCAAUUCUACCACACCCUAUUGCUGCUGCUGCAGCUGCUGUCGCUGCGGCCGGGCCUUCCAACUCUCACUUCAUGACCCCUCAGCAACAUCAGCAGCAGCAGCAAGUUCAGUUUCAGCAACAACAACAGCAGGAUUCGCUACAUGCAUUCCCACCGAAAAGAGAGCAACAACACCACAUUAUGAAUCUCCCACCAUGGCUUGCUUGUCCAUCAAUAGAUCCAUCAUCGUCGUCAUCAUCAUCAAUCUUCCAUCACCAUCCGAUGAUGCCACAUCAGCAACAGCAACAAAAUCCAAACCCUAGUAACAACAAUAACAACCCUAGCAUGGGACCCACGUUCUCAUCAUCCUCAGGAGGAGGAGGAGGUACAGGAAGUCUUGGUGGACCUUACCACACACAAGUAUCAGUAGCGGCAUCAUCUCCCCACAUGUCAGCUACUGCAUUGCUGCAAAAGGCAGCUCAGAUGGGCGCUACCAUGAGCAACACUGCAACCACCCAACCCCACCACCACCACCACCAAAACCACCACCACUCGCAACGUCACGUGAGUGACACUAAUGCCAAUACAACUACUACAGCUGGUUUAUUUGGUUUGAAUUUGUCCUCACGUGAACAAGAUAUCAUCCCAACCAGUACUACUACAAAUAAUACUAGUGGCCUUAUUGUAAACCAUGCUUUGUCUUCUUUUGGGAAUAAACCUGCAACAACCCCCACAACACCACCACCAACAACAACCACUACUAAUGUUGGUGCUGCUACCUCCAUUGGUGGGUCUGAUCACCACCUUACAAGUCCGAGUUCGAGUCUGAGUCCAAACACCAACCUACCACCACAACCACCAACAUCCUCCUCUAGCUUCUUCCAUGACAUGAUGGUUAAUUCCAUUUCAUCUUCCUAUGAUCACCAUGAUGAUGCAUUUGGUAUCGCGGGUAUGAGUACCAUGUUAGGCACUUCCAAGAAAGGUGGUGAUGACACUUCUUCCUUAGCUGCAUUCCAUCACUCACUCGGCGACGACGGCAGUGGUAACAACAGCAACAGUGGAGGAGGCAAUGAUGGAUUAACAAGGGAUUUCUUGGGAUUAAGACCACUUUCUCAUAAUGAUAUUCUCUCCAUUGCUGGACUUGGUAAUUGCAUGACUACAAAUCAUCAUCAUCAUCAACAAGAUAGCCAUAAAUCAUGGCAAGGUUAGCUAAAUAUAUAGCUAGUAAUUUAAGUUUAAUUAAUUAAUUACUGCAACAACAUUUUGCUUCUCUCUUUCUUUUGUUGUUGCUUAGUUAGCUUCUCUCAAAGGGAAAGGGCUUUUGAUACAUUAUAUUGUUAAACCAAAAAAAUACAUGAAUACGCCCUUUUUUUGGCCCUCCGUUUUUUUUUAGUAUAAAGUUUUAUAUAUAUAUAUAUAUAUAUAUUCAAAUUUGUAUAAUCAACCCUUGUUACUACAUUUUCUAUAUCAUAUCAUAUGAAUAUUCUACAUAAAAUAUAAUAUAAAGUAUACUCUUUUCAUCA